AUGGCUACGAGACGACAAUAUCCUACAGAAUGGAGUCCUGUACCCCACAAGAUUGAGACGCGACACUCACAACUCGAGCCUAGAGAUGAAUGCGUCCGACUUCCGAAGAGCAAUGAACGAGCGCUACGACCAAAGCCAUUGAAUCUCCCAUCGAAGCAGCCUGAAGAUGACAGCACAGGCAAAAUUCUCAUUCAGCCGCGUAAUCAGGAGAAGUCGGAGUCUCAAGAACAAAUCCAAGAUCCACAGAUAGUAGAUGUCGCAUCCGCAUCAACAUCGGCAUGGCCGCGCAGGGGUUCCAAGAAGGGUAGUUACAGCCGUAGUAGUAGUAGUCGUAAGGCGUCGCCGAGUAUACAUGUACCUUCGACACGACAAUCGGAGAUCUCGCUCGGCAUUCUGGACUACUACAUGCGAGAGCCUUCGCCUAUCAUCCACAGCCCCGAAAUACCCCCUCGAACGCUGAAACUCGAUCCUGCUAUGGAUCGUUUCGACUUUGGCUUGUCAGCAGCUACUACACCGACUCCUCCCUCCUCUUCCUCCACCACCAAUGUGGCAAUCAACUCCGACGAGAUCGUCUCUUCAUCAUCAUCAUCAAAAAGGCCUAGAGCAUUGACCAACAACACGCAAUCGGGCCGUCCUUUGAUACCCAUAUCGCCACCGUCGCAGUCACGGCCCUCAGCAACUCUCACCAACAGAGGAGGCUACACCCUCUUCCCUGUCAUUCAGGAAAUCACACCUCCGCCCCGCCAGCCGAAGAUCACGCUCGUAGAAGCAUCUGAUCUACCGCUACCACAUCAAACUCCCACAUCGACAACCGUCUCCAGCAGCAUUGCCAAUAUGCCCGCCAUGAGAAAGGAUUCGCAUCAGUACCAUCAUAUCCAUCGGGGCCAGAGCCAUCUCACAUGGAACAAGGACGAACCACCGAAGCUCUCCGUGUGCUCGGGCGACGUCGUGACCUUUGAUUGCGUCGACGGAGGCAACGGCCAGAUCACAGCAGAGUCGACGGUCCACGAUUUGACGACCUUCGAUACGUCAAAGGCAGAUCCCGUGUUUGGGCCAGUAUACGUGCACGGAGCAGAGCCGGGUGACGCCUUGGAAGUCGAAGUGAUUGAUCUGCACACGGCCAACUGGGGAUGGACCGCCAUCAUUCCCGACUUUGGCCUCCUGGCAGAUGAAUUCACCGAGCCACAUCUCAAGAUCUGGAAGUUGCCUGCCGAAGACCGAGUGGCGUGGUUUAACGAUGACAUCCGCAUUCCACGCCGCCCGUUCAUGGGAACAAUGGGAAUCGCACCCCGCGAACAAGGUUCCUUCUCCACCAUUCCGCCGACGGAUACUGGUGGAAAUAUCGACUGCCGCCACAUCACCAAGGGAACAAAGCUCCUGCUGCCCGUCCGGACUCCAGGGGCGCUUUUUAGCUGUGGAGAUGGGCAUGCAGCACAGGGUGACGGCGAGGUCUGCGGUGUUGCCAUUGAGACUCCCGUCCAGGCAACUUUGCGCUUCACCGUGAAGAAGAAGCAGCCGUGGGUGCAAUCACCGCACUUCUCGUGCCCGCCGCAGAGAGAUGACAUCCUUCCGGAUUGCGGGACAUACAAUACAAUGGGCGUUGACUCCAGUCUGCUCGAGGCCACCAAGAAGGCCGUCCGUGCGAUGCUGGAGUAUUUGCAGGCGGAGAAGGGCAUGUCGAGGGUGGACGCAUACAUGCUCUGCAGUGUGGCUGCCGAUAUGAAGCUCGCCGAGGUCGUCGAUAUGCCGAACUAUGCCGUCGUCGCCAGUCUGCCGCUGAACGUCUUUGUCAAUGGAACCUGAAUGGGUCAGGGUUGGUCGGCCCUCAAGAGAUGAGAUUGGUCGAUGAGCGAGUGUUCAUCAGCAUGCAACUGCGGAAGUCACAUCCAGGUAUCAGAAUCGGCAUCCGAGGACAUCGAACCAAGGCCUGGCGUAGAUUUCUUCUGUUGCGUUCCCAGAAUGCUAGGCGAUGGGACAUACGGGCUCCAAUGCGUGACCCAGCUGGAUGAUUGUAGCACAUUACAAACAGGCAUAGAGUGGCCGAGCGAGCCGGCAGCAGCCUGGGAUAUAUAACUUCAAAGGCGCUCGAUGGGGAUUGGAGUCCGAAAGAAGUCUCAAUGAAGACCGCUUCUUUUGCAAACCGGCAUGAUGUCGCCUUGGUGAUAAUAGAAACUGUUUUCCUCGGGAGGAUGGGUUGCAUCGUGGGUCAGCAGAUUAAUUAUAUCAGUAGGUAUAGGUCAAACUUUGAGUGAUGAUAUUCUUUCACUCGUUGACAUGGUAAUCGAUUAUCUCUGGCAUCAAUUAAUACUUGACGAGAUUUAUC